GAAGUGGGCGAUCCUUUCUCCCGUCGACCUAUUCGCUUCUCUCAUCCUCUUUUCAAAUAGCUGCAGAGAGAGACAGAGACGGAGACGGAGGGCUUCCGUGGCAGCUGAAAAUUGGAAGACGAAACCAUGGCCCCGAAGUCGUCGCGGGAACGGGCGUAUAUCCGGGCCGUGAAGCGACAGUUCAUCUCUUUCGAAGAGGAGGAAGAUGAGCCCGUGCCCUACACGGUGGAUCCAGCGGCAGACUCCCUGGCCUGCGGAUGGAUGCUGGAUUUCUUCUGCCUUAACCUCUGCCAGGCCUUCUGCGAAGACGAUAUCGAAGAAUUCAAGCGCAACCGCAACAUUGCGGAGGCCAUUAUUCAUGGACUAUCCAGACUAACAGCGCAUCAUCUAAGAACUAUAUAUGUGUGUCAGUUUUUAACAAGAAUCGUGGAAGGAAAAACACUGGAUGCUCAGUUUGAAAGUGAUGCACGGCUUACUCCGCUGGAAUCAGCCUUGAUGAUCUGGAAUAAAAUUAGAAAGGAAAAAGAAUUACUUCAUGACCAAAUUCGUGACCUACUUGAAAUUCAGGCUAUAGCAGUUUGCAUGGAGAAAGCAAGCUAUAAAGAAGCAGAAGGAGUCUUUGAAAGAAUAUUUGAAGGCACAGAGGAUAAGCCUCUAAAAAUGAAGCUGUUGAUGAUAAUCAAUAAGAAAGAUCCACACAAUCCUUUUUUUCAACGCUUCCCUUAUAAAUGCAUGAUAGACAGAGUCAAGAUUUAUGCUAAUCAGGUGUUAACUGAAAAGUCAUCCAGCUUUCUAAUGAAGGCAGCAUUAAAAGUAGUAGAAAGCAAAAAAGAUGAAGAAAUUUUUGGCCCCUUUGUUGAAGGCUCAAGCAGUGAAACAGAAAACAGUGAAAAACAGGAUGCAGAACCAGAAUCUCCUGCGGAUGAUUCAACAUCUGUAAUCAGGUAUCAUGAAACUCUCUUAUCUUUGUCACAAAAUAAACUUGAGAACUCACAGCACCAAGAUUUUGACGAAACAAGAAUAAAAAUAAGGAGACAAGGAAGUAAAAGGAUCAUGCAGAGUCUUAAAAACAGUAGCAAAAGCACUAAAAAACAUAUAAUAAACACUAAAGACAAUAACAAAAGCAAGGCAAACAAUGAAACAAACACUUCUGAAAGACCUAGCGGAUGGAAAAAGAGGGCCUGGAGUUGGGAUGAAGACCAGAAACUGAAAUCAGGGGUGAGAAAAUAUGGAGAGGGAAAUUGGCAGAAAAUUCUCUCAAGUUACAAAUUCAGCAAUCGAACAAAUGUUAUGUUAAAGGACAGGUGGCGCACUUUGAAGAGGUUAGAACAUGUUUCUCCAGACAGUGAUAACUGAAUGUGUUUGUAAAAGGUGGGUUAAAUAAGGAAAAGCAUUUAGAUCAAUUGGUUUGUUUAAAACAUUAGCAGUCAAUGUUGUAUUUUGAAAUUUUAAAAUGUUUUGGUGUGAUAGUAUAUUUUUCUGUGAACAAAGUCAUUAGACAGGCUUCUUAGUACUGUGUCUUUUUUUGAACCAUGCCACAUACUGUCAUUUUGCUUGGUUUAAUAUAGAAUAGUCUGGAAAAAAAUCUACCAAACAGAAUUUUAAUAUUUUGAGCAUUUGAAUAAUAAAUGUUCUGCUAAGAUACACUUGCUUGGCUUUAUGGCAUCAGUGGGUCACUGUCAAAGCUUCACUGAUAAAAUCAUAAAUACACAGUGUUCAUUCUAUGCAGUGUAUGUUUUCAUAUAAGGAGGAAGUUUGGAGAUAAUAAAUUACAUACCUAAAAUAACAUAAUAUUGGCUAAUUUCCUUAUAUGACAGAUUAUUUUGACUUUGUUCUAAUGGACUUUUAACUUAAAUGUUAAGCUUGACUUUUGUAGUAUUAUAUAGGAAAACAUACAUCAUAAAUAUCAAGUUCUGUAAUUUUGUUAUUUAACAUAGUACCAGCAAAGUGUAUUAAUUGUACUAGAAACACUUGAACUCUGAUAGAUCAUAUUAAUGAUUUUAAUAUCACUUAGGUGAAAGAUGAUUAAAGAACUCUUGGAAUCAGCAGUGCUUGUUUUGUUCACCUCAAGCAUUUUGUUCUUCAUGUCUUGGACAAGGAAUAUCAAAGAAUCACUUAAUUGUUAUGCAUGAAUGCAUCAAGUUAGUAGGACUAACUAGACUGUUUUUCUUUGUUAAAUUAUCAAACUAAGAAAAAACAUGUCAAAUUUAUUUAUAACUCUAGAUCUGCUUUGCAAGUAUUAGAGAUUAGAGUUUGUGGAUUGAAUAUAAGAAAACAUUGAAAUAGUUGUGUCUGUGUCUUUUCCAUUUAUUAUUUAAAAAUUCAGUCGAACCUUUUGCUGUUGAAAUUGUGUAUUACUCAAUAAAACCUCAAAUCCUCA